UUGAGGGGAUUUUAAUGCUAGCGACGCACCGAAAUGCAUAAAACGCAAAACCCAAUAAUAGAUGUAGAAAUAUAGCUUUACAGUUAUUUACCAACAUCCAAAAUGGCAACAUUGACAAAACCGAAAAAAGAGAAACCACGAAAGCAAAGGGUAGCGGCAAAGUCUGAGGAAGAAGUUCUUGAUUAUACGUCGCUAUCAACAAGUAGCGAGCAAGCAGAACAAAGAACAAAUGAAAAUGAAGCAUUGAUGGAAGAACUUGUUGCCGGAAUGGCCAGUAGUUGUAACGAAAUCAUUAGUCAUGAGUGCUACAUAUCAAACCAGCCUACGGAGCAUACAGCGCAGCAGAGCAAUGAAGAACAGGCAGAAGAGAAAGAGGAACAGCUAACUACAGAUCAAAGUACGCCCAGUGCACCCGAAGUGCCAGCGACAAGCGUGAAAUUUGUGCAAUAUCCUAAUCUGCAGUCCGUGAGACAGCUAUCUAAUAUAGUGAAUGAAGAACGCACUGCCAGCACUGUUUAUAAAACAACUAUGGCCAGUCAGUUGCAACCAUUUACCGCAGAGGAACUGACUCAAAUCUAUUGCUGCCCAGACUUGGAGCUAGCAAAGCAAUUCGAGCUAGAAUUUCUAAUGAACACGUUGCUAGAGUCAAGCGAAGCGGAUCCGCUAUAUCUGGAGCUGCUGGAAUACUAUAGUUUGCAAGGCAAAAUCACAGCCAAUUUAUAUGACAUAAAUGAAAAGCGCAAGUCCUGCAAGGAUAUACCGCAGCAGGUGUGGCAGCGAGAGUCUGUAACGCGUAGCUUUAGUGCGACAUGUGGCGAUGGAAAUACAGUGCGCGAUAGCAUAACCUAUGAAAUCAUGAAGAUGAAUGGCUUAAAAUUGGAGUCUGCUACAGCUGGACUGACGAGCCUUUAUAAUCUGGUUUGCCACACGUACGCAAGUAAUUUAAUUGCUGCGCGUAUUUCCAAAGUAAAUGUUGAUCAGCUAAUAGAUCAAUUACUGGCAUACGCGCCUAGCGCUAAAUUUGACGACCCUACACCAAUUGCCUUGCAUGCACAUCUAGAUUCUGAUGCCUUGGAGUGUGUAUCUAAACUAAGACGUGCCAUUUGCAUACUCUUCUCCUUUGCGCGACGUCCUAGUCCAAAUGCGAAUUUUGAUGCUGACUUGAAACUAUGGCUGCGCAAACUGGUUGGCUUGCUGCUUUUACUGGCCACUAAAGAGGAUCACUGGUUUCUGCUCUUCAAUAUAUUGCGCUGUCCCAGCGGCGUUGGCGUCUGGGCAGCGGAAUUCUUGCAGCUGCCAGGCAUGAUGGCUAUAGAACCCAAUAGUACCCGGCACGAGCAACCGUUGUCGCUAAACUCCGCGGAACUGAAUCAUUGUAUAGCAGUUUUGCAAAUACUCUUGUUGCCCAUUAAAAAGCGUAACGAGUAUUUAAAGAGUCAAACGCAAGAGCAUUUGGAGCUGGCAGGCUCAGCCGGAGCCAGAGAACGUUGGAUUGUCGUUGACUCAGAUGGCGAAGACUCGCAUACAGCCGCUGGUGAAUGUGUGGGCUUAAAGGAAAGCGAUAUCAUAGAACUGCUUAAUCAGCUACCUUUUGAAAAGUUAUUUAUGUCUGUCAUGCACAUUGAGAAAUUCCUUAAUGACUACAUCAUUGAGUCUGAGCUUAUUACAGCACAGCAGAUGCUUGCUGUCGUGGCUGUUUUUGGAAAAUUGGUGCAGAUCCUGGGCGAGGGCAUGCUCACUUAUAAUAAUGAGCGAUAUAAGCAGCUGGCCAAGCGCUUGGGACGCCUUGUGCGGCAUGUGCUGCAGUAUGUCUUUGACUAUCAUGUGCUGUUUCUCAACAACAAAGUGGCAAAGCCGCCGGAGCUCUGUUUACGCAUAGAAACUGAAGUGCAAGCUCUACUGCUGCGUGCCUGUAGUUAUAUCUAUCGUUCUCGAAAUCUAGGCACAUGGCAGUACUUCUCCACAUUGCCGUAUCCUAUGCUUAGCACUGAAAUUAUUUGGCAGCUUUUCUAUUUUCUUAAUGUGGGCUUUCCCAGCGAGUUUCAUAUGCUGCUCAAAGAGCAGGGAGAAGAAGCUGUACUCUCGCCUGAUUUCAUGCGCAAGUUUGAUGUAGCCAAUGCUGAUACUGCACCGGAGGACAUGUAUUAUCUUUUGCAGGCGUUCUUUGAGAUGAUCAGCGAGCGUGAUACUAGCAAGGAUCUGCCGCUAAUACGCACCAUUUGCUUGCACAUAUUCCAGAUUGGCUACCUGCACGUUACCACCAGAGAGUAUUGCUAUAAGAUGGCGCGUGAUAUGCUUGUCAACACUACUCUGGCCCAUGGGGAACUAUUAGAUUGUAUUUUGCUGAAACUCAAAGCGAACUUUGGCGACACUAAGAAUACGGCGUAUUUGCUGAAGGCACUGCCACUUGACAGCUGGCGACCCAGCAUGGAAAGCUUCGAAUUAUUGUCCAAUUGGCUGCUGCACUACGAUUAUCAGCUGUCGGAGAAUCAAAUAGCGCGUUUGAUUAUAUGCCAUAUGAACUGGGGCUUCGAUGAGGAAGGUCGUUUAUUUUUGCCACACAAUAUACAUGUGCGCAUGGCCUGCCUGGUUACGGAUGCCCUAAGCAAGCACGCGCCAGAAAUUAUAGGCGUCUCCAGUAUUUCCGAGAGCGUGCGUCAGGUGUCCUCGCUUAUUGACUCGACGCUGUCUGCACGCGAACAUUUCUCCAACUGGUGCUGGCGCAUGAUUUCCACGCUACGUCUGCAUUUGAUUGAUCAAAGCGUUGAAUCAGUCAAACGCACACUACAGCAUCCCACAGAACCGCUGCUGUUUGUACCAAAUGUGGAGCGCUUGGACAUGAUCUGGCAGGGCAUAACUGAGCAACGACCACUUGCCGUGUUUGUGGGCAUCUUGGUUAGUCUGCAUGGGCACUCCAUACCUGUGAUAUGUCAACAUGGCUUUCCGUUAAUGCAGCAACUGCUCACCGAUCAUCGACAUGCGGCUGUUAUACGCUGUCUGCAGCUGAUUCUGCCGCUGUUCCUCGAGACUCCCGAAACGCUGGCAAACUGCGAAGGCUUCCAAAAGCUGCUCACAACGCUGCUCAAUGCGGACAGAACUUAUUUGAAGCUAGCCAAGGAUAUAGUAUAUGUAAACUCAAUUGGUCCUAUAUUGGAAUUGCUGGAUAAUAUGAUACACCAUCAAAUUCUAUCGUAUACCAGCUAUGGCCUGUGCUCUCCUCUCAAUCUCAUCAAUAUUUGGCUUAACUGUUUGACUGCAUUGCCCGCCUGGCCUCAAAAUGCACAUGUGCUCUAUUUACUGGACAAACUGCUACGUUUAGCUUAUCAAUUUGCUGACUGUCACGUGCAAUCGGAGGAGUUUUUCUACAAUUACUACAAGGAUUUCACGGAAUGGAAAGCAGCUAGCAAGUCUUUUGGACUCAAGUCAUUCUUUGGCGCUCAAUCAAGCUCGCGCUUACCUGCAAUAUUGCCGCAAUAUUGUUGGCUCAAUGUAGUGCUGUUGGAUCUGGAAUUCAGACUGCAGGAGACACGCUUCUGGCCUGAGCUACUGCGUCAGCUGUCUACACAGUCUGUAGAUUUUGGACUGAAGAAAACGCUAGGCAUUUGUAAAACUAACGCAUUUGCGGCACAGCAGCUGGUUAUCUAUAAGUAUGCGCAACUUUUGUCUGUCAUGGACAUAACGCAUGCUCUCUUUCCAAUUGUGUGUCAAAAGUUCUUUGAGCUUUAUCUAUGGCGUGUGCCUAUAGACGGCGCACAGAGCAACUUUAGUCAAAGUCAAGGCGUUGCUAAUAAAUUCUACGAGCAUAAUGUAUCGCUAAUGAAGACCAUCAAAUCGCAGAUGAAAUCAGCAGAGGUCUAUUACGAUGCUAUAGGCAAAAAACGCGCUGAUGAUGAGUCGGCGGCUUUCAUUUUUCGCAGCUGCCGGGAACUAAUGCACAGCUGUGCGCUGUGGCUGGAGGAUACACAGCUCAAUAGAUUCGACAGCGAUGUCAGCCAGUUGCCUGCACAAUAUAACAUCAGAAAGCUGCGUGAAUUGCUUAACGGUCAUGCAACACACUGGACUGAGUACAUAAAUCCCGCCGACCUACGCUUGAAGCAGCGCCAGCAAGCCGAUCAAUGGGCAGAGAAAGUUUAUCGUCUGCAUGUGAACAGAACCAUGCAAACACCGCUGCAGUCCAAGCCGCAUCUUACGCCAGAACAGCGCAUCAAGCAACAUCUUAAGGGUUAUGAUAAGCAGCUAGCAGCACCAACAUAUCAAUGCCCAAUGCGCUUGGAGCAGCAACCAAUCGAUGACAAAACAGUGACUGAGUUCAGGCAACGCGUGCAGACACUAAAUAGCACUGCCAACAAAUUUCAUUACCUUACCAGCGAGCUAAAUUCCUUAAACUUGAAUUAUUUGGAACGCGUGCCAGCUUUGUAUCAAAUGAUACCCUACAACGAAGUUCGAAACAAAAACUGCGAAUCGCUGCUCUUUAAUCGCAAGUGCGCAAGUCCAGCAACGAUUACACUUGUGCCAGAACGCAUACGACUCAAUGAUCAAGUGUCCAGACUGCAGGAGCAGAAUAGAGAGCGUCAUGACAAGAUUCUAGAUGAAAUGGUCAAGCUUGAUGUGGAUAACUUUGCUCUGGCAUGUCGCGAGAUGCAUUGCUAUAUACAACAAUUGCUGCAGCAGCAAGAUGCCACAAGAAUUCAACAGAUUGGCAUUGAUAUAUUUUAUAUCGUCAUUGAGAACAUGAGUGAAGUUACGCUUAAAUUUGAUGCCACAGGCACAUUCUUUACACAAUGUGCGGAUCAGCUGGGCGUAUUUAUACAAGCGGAUCAGGCAAAUCAAGGAUUGACUGUGCUGCGCCUGGCGCUCAAGCGCGCCGAGCUGUUGGAGCUGCUCGCUGGCGUAUUUGUGCCCUGCCGCACUGAUGCUGAGCACUUUUUGCCCAUGUAUCAGUUCCUCAUCGACUCGCAUCUGAAUCGUUGCGAUACCAAAAUCUUGUUUGUGCUGCUCUCGAAGUUUGAUUUGCUUAGCUGGCUGGAGUCGUAUCAGCCAAAGCUGAAUGUUAUCAAUCGUCUGCUGUUGCUGGUGCUGCAAGGACUGGAGUGCUGGACGCAGGCCAAUAGCAGCCUGUUGCAGGAUCAAUUCCGUCGCCAGUUGGUGCACAUCUACAGCUAUGACUUUCCUCAGCACUAUGGCGAAGUAAUGCAAUUAGUUUUAGAUCGCAUCUCAGAUCAGAAACUAAUGCCGCUGGUGCUGCUGGAUCUGCUCAAUGCGCUGCUGUUGCGCGCAAAUUGCGCCAGCCUAACACCAAGCAGCACCGAGACGCAAUUGCAUGAGCUGUCGCUGGAUUUUGCCAAGAGUCAGCGACUGUUUACGCUGCAGGCAGCGACGGAUACGCUGCUGCUGUUUGCGCGUCACUUUCAAAAGGAGCGACUGCAUCAUGGACUGCAUGGACUGUAUCCCAAGCAUAAGGACUACUGCCAGCCAUUGGUCAUGUGGUUUACCAGCUUUGGGCAUGUGCUUAUAGCAGCGGCAUUGGUCAACAGCCACAAGGAGCUGCUGGCUGAUCAAAUUAGCGAUCUGGUCUUUGGCACCAUUGUAGAGACCUAUGCUCCCUGGCUUAUACCGUACACUGAGCAAACUGCUCAAGCUGCUGGCUCCGCUGCGCACUGGAUACGUCAGUUGGCUGCAAAUCAGGGCAAGAUGCUUUUGCCGUGGAGCGAGUCUCAUGUGCAGGGCAGCAAGCUUUUAAUACGUGCCUUUAUCAACAGCAUGCAACAAGUGCUGCAGUAUUUGCCCGUCUCGAGUCGAAUACUGGAGCAUGUGUUUGCCUGGUAUGUGCAUCAUUUUGCGCAGGCAAAUGUUGCUGGUCAUGUGCUGGCGCCCAUACACGAGGGCCUGGCGCAAUUGCCCUGGGAACGCUUUUGUCCGCCAGAUCAGCAUGUUGAGCUGCUUUAUGGCAGUCUACAGCGUUUUGUGCCUGAAUCACACGCUAUGCUGGGUCACAUCUUCAUUCGAAUUGACUGGCAGACUUGGUUCAGCUGCAUGCCACAGCCAGUGGCAACAUUAUCGCGUCUCUUUGGCAUAUUUGUAAAGCUGGCAUUUGAACCAAACAUACAUAUGCAUCCCAAUACAAGCAAGAUACUCGAGCAGGCCAUCAAGUAUCCCUGGCAUCUGGUGGAAUAUAGCGAACUGGAGCAGUUGCUCAAGUGGCUUGUGGCCAGCGUGGAGCCAGCCAUUGUGCUCAAGCUGGCGGGCGAAAGCAAUUAUGUGGAUCGUGCAGUGCUGGAACUAUUGCGUUUGGCCUGCGCCAUGCUGCCGGACUGUGCCACAACAGAGCCAAUUGUACAGUCCACCACUAAGCGCAUGUUAUAUACGCGUUCCAUGAUAUGUUUGCAGCGCAGCUGUGGUGCCAAGCAUCAAAAGCUACUGGCCAGCAAAGAAGGUGAGCGCGCCUUUACCAAUGCCUUCUUGGAGCUGCUAAUCAGCAUAGAUCAGGCUAUUGGCAGCGCAAAUGAGCAGCGUACGCCAGAGGAGCGACGUCGUGAGGCGCUUAAUCUCAUGCUGGAGCUCAUUGCGCCAACACAAACACAAUCUGAAGAGAUCUCAAACAUUCACAUAAAAGCCUUGGUGCGUUGGCAGCAGCAAUGUUCUCCAGCUAAUAUACUCAUGUGUGCAGCAUUGCCUGCUAUUGGACAUCUAAACACUUAUAUAGCUUCGAUAUACACUUUGUUGGAAUCCACAAUUGAGUGUUACUUUUGGCAGAACGUGGAGCAUGCGCCUUGGCACGCGCCUAGCUGGCAAGGUUUGCUGGAGUCGCUGCAAAUGUCGCUGCCCAAGCUUGAACUUAUGCCUGUUAUGCAAGGCGCCAACUUCUUCUCACUGCAUGUCUUUGUGCUCUAUAGGCUGGAGGAGAUUGAGACAAGCGGUGAAAAGAUUGCCUUUCUGCAGGAUCUUAUACAAUUGUUGGAAAAUGUUAAAACAAGUCCGAAAACCGAGCCACGACUUGCACUUGUCUGGGGUCUGAUUAUUGCACGUGGCUGCCAGUUGCUUCAAACUUCAGCGCAUAUUAAGAAGCCUUUGCAUAUGCUGGCGCGUAGUCUUCAAAUUGCCUCCACCAAAGCCGAAGGCUGGAGCGAUAAUCUGUUGGGAGCUAUUGGUCUCAAAUCGGAGCAAAUUACUAACAAACGCAAGGUGCUGACACGCUGCUUUGCCUGCAUUAUUUUCUCACUGUUCCCGGCCAGUCGGGAUACGCGUGUGCCUUGCGAGGAGUAUGAGAGUGGCAUGCGUGAGCUUGCUAUGCUGCUGGCCAACAAGAAAUUCACAGAUGUCAAGGCAGAUAUAGUGCGUGCUGUUAGCUUCCUAAAGGAACAGCCCAUGCCGGAUCCACGCACUGUGCCUCAUCUACUCUGUUGUCUAAUAGACUUGUUCUAUCAGCAGAGCUACCUGACAACCAUUCCGGAAGUAUGGGACUGUGACUUUAAGCUGAAAGCAACCUAAUUCAAAUUGAACAUAUACAAUUGGCAGCCAAUUCAAUUAUUUUUUAUAU